AAAAUAAAACAAAAUUGUCACAUGGGUUUGUUGUUGAUUGACAAUUGUUGACAAUUAUUAAAUAUAAAUUAAUAAAAAAUUAUUAAUAUACCUAUUUCAAUUGAUAAACAAUGACAACAUACGAGGGUAAACUUUGUUCUUCAAUUUUAAAAGAACAUUUUGGUGAUGUUGUUAAACAAGUAGGUGAUACAUUGUUUAAUUAUGGAAGUCAAGAUUUACGUUUUCUUGUUGUUCUUACAAAACUUCCAUUAUCACAGGUAAAAAAAUCACUAUGUGUUUUAAUUAAAUUUGGAAUUGUUUUUCAUGAAAAAAAACCAAAAGGUACAAUGUACACAUUAAACAGUGGCGCAAUUAUAAUGAUGCUUCGUUACUCGAGAUUUAUACAUAUGGUUAAAUCAAAUACUGGUGAUGAAGCUGAAAUAAUGCUUGAAGAGAUAUUAAAACAAGGAUAUGAAUUAGCAUCUAAAGUUAUUAUAAAAACUCAUGAGAGAAUUUUCGUAAGAACAAAUGAAGAGCCAGCUUUUCCUGAUUUAGUAAAACAAUUUGAAUUAUUAACAAAAAAUGAAUACAUCAUGAGAUGUACAGCUUCUGAUGAGAAAGGAAUUUGUGCUGGUGAAAAACCUGAUUACAGUAUGCCAAAAUUAGAGUUACCUGCAUUUCCAAAAUUAGCACGAGGUGAAGAAGCUGAUGCUGGUGAUAAGGGUGUUUAUUGGCGAGUUAAUUUUGAUAGAUUUAUUCAAGAUACCAGAGAUCAACUUGUUGUUAAUAUGGUGAAUGAUCAAAUUGAUGAACUUGCUGGUGAUUUAAUGCGACAAUUACUUAUUUUAUCAUAUCAAAGAACAGCUGGUUGGUCUGAUUCAUUAAAUCCAGUACCACUAACUGAAAUACGUGAACAAGUUAAAAAAAAUUCAGGUAAUCCACAAUUAUGUAGUUAUGUUGAUCAAUAUCUUCGUAUUAUUGGUGAAGAUUUUUCUUAUAAUAAUGAUACACAAAAUAUAAUAAGAAGAGUUGGUGAAUCAUCUGGUGGACAAUAUAGUAUAAAUAUACAAGAAGCAUUUUCUCAAUUAGCUGAUGCAACAUUAACUAAUAUUAUUAUGGAAAGAUUUGGAUCAAAAGCUGCAAGAUUAUUUAGUAUUGUAUUAAUUAAUCCACAUAUACAAAUUGAAAAAAUUCAAUCAAUGAUGCUUGUUGAUCCAAAAGAUGCUAAAAGAUUAACAUUUGCAUUAUUAAAAGAAAAUUAUAUACAAAUGGAAGAAAUUAAAGAAACAGCAGCAGCAUUAGCAACUUCAUCACAUUAUUUAUUUUAUGUUAAUAAAAAUAAUGUUGUUAAAAUGCAAAUGGAAUAUUGUUAUCAAGCUAUUUAUAACAUGUCACAAAGAAGAACACAUGAAGCAACUGUUAAUAAACGUGUUACUGAUAAAUAUUUGAGAAUGCAAGUUAUUAAAAAUAAUUUAAAAGCAAGUGGAGCUGGUGAUGAACAAAUUAAUGAGAUUGAUGAAAUGAUGACUACAGUUGAAUAUGAAGAAGUCGAAAGAGUUAAUACAAAAAUUAAAGUAUUAAGUGGUGCUGAGAUAAAAAUUGAAGAAACACUAUUUAUUUUAUCAAUGUAUUUACGUUAUCACUGA